AUGUUUAGCACCAUUCUAUCUGAAGGAAAUUUUGAUGCAGUUGUCUCUGCGUUUGGUCCUCCGUUGCACAACCUCAAGGACGUCUAUCGAGUGGGAGUUGAAGGACACAAUAACAUCAAGAUGGCAGUUUUGCAGUCUUCUUAUCGCGGUCCAUUGAUUAUAAUCGGUGGCGCAGGCUCUCUGUACUACAAGAAAGGGGUACAGCUGUGCGACGAUGAUCAUUUUGCAUACAACCACUGGUAUGAGUGGCCCGAUGUUCACUUGGAUUACAUGGCGACACGCAUGUUCGAUCAUGGCCAGUGUGGAUUUGGGACGUUUAUCCGCGGAUUCAAAUGGGCUAGAAGCAAUUACAAGAACCCCGGCUGUUAG